CCCACUCCAAAGCUCGAACCCUCCUUCCUCUCCUGCUCCGCCAUUGUCACCGCCUCGCCAACGCUUCCUCUGCAACCCUUGGGGAGAAUGGGAUCCAUCAAGGACGUGCUGCAGCUGACCCCCGAGGAGGACGAGGAAGCACGCAUGUACGCCAUGAAGCUGGUGAUGGCGUCCUGUCUCCCCAUAACUCUCAAGGCGGCCAUCGAGCUCGAUCUCCUCGAGAUCAUAGUGCGGGCCGGUCCCGGCGCCAAGCUGAGCCCCGCCGACAUCGCCGCCCAGCUGCCCACCGACAACCCGCAGGCCGCCGAUAUGACGGACCGGAUCCUCCGCCUGCUCGCCGCCCACGACAUCGUGCGCUGCAGCGUCGAGACCAGCCCUGAUGGCCGGCUUCUGAGGAAGUACGGCGCAGCGCCGGUCUGCAAGCACUUGACGAAGAAUGAGGACGGUGUAUCCAUGGCUCCCAUGUGUGUGUAUGCCGUGGAUAAGGUCCUCAUGGACGCGUGGUACCACAUGAAGGAUGCGGUGUUGGAUGGCAGCAUCGCCUUCCACAAGGCCCACGGGAUGGCGGCGUUCGAUUACCUCGGCAUCGACCCACGGUUUAACAGGGCGUUCAACGAGUGCAUGAGGAGCCACUCCACCAUCCUCAACAAGAAGCUGCUCGAGAUCUACCGCGGCUUCGACGACAUCAAUGUGCUCGUCGACGUCGGCGGCGGCACAGGCGCCGUCCUUCACAUGAUCACCUCCGUGCACCCCCACGUCAAGGGCAUCAACUUCGACCUUCCUCACGUCAUCUCCGAGGCGCCACCCUAUCCAGGAGUGGAGCAUGUAAGUGGAGACAUGUUUGCUGGUGUUCCACUAGGCGACGCCAUUAUUCUUAAGUGGAUUCUCCACGACUGGUCUGACGAGGACUGCACCAAAAUAUUACAGAGCUGUUGGAAGGCUCUGCCAGAGAAAGGGAAGUUGAUACUGGUGGAAUACGUGCUUCCAAUGCUUCCCGAGCCAAAUCUGACCUCGCAGAGUGUUUUCCCCAUGGACGUGGGGAUGAUGAUCAACUUCGGAGGGAGAGAGAGGACUCAGAAAGAGCUUGAGGAGCUAGCAAAGGCGGCAGGGUUUGCAGGAUGCAAAGUCACUUAUAUAGCCAUCUAUAACGAUAGGCUCAUGGAGUUCAACAAAGGAUGA